ACAACGCUCACCACCGCAUUUCUUUGCCCACUUCAACUGUCUACCUUCGUUCCUCUCUUUCCAUCCAUUUUGAGUAACUUCUUCGUCUGUACUGCUACGUUCAACGAGUCGGGCGGAAGAGCAAGAAAUUAUGGCAGUCAAGUCAAAGUCGCGGCAGACUCGCUUUCCAGUCGCGCGAAUAAAGAAGAUCAUGCAGAAAGACGAUGAGGUGGGAAAAGUCGCUCAGGCUACACCAGUGCUCAUAUCGAAAGCACUUGAGAUCUUCAUGCAGAAAUUGGUUGACGAGGCAGCGCACGAGGCAAAGUCGAAAGGCUCUAGAAAAGUCGCCGCAUAUCACCUCAAGCGCACGAUUGAGAGUAUAGACAUGUUCGACUUCCUCAAGGACUUGGUCGAGACAAACCAAAAAAGGAAGAGGUGGGCCAUGAUGGAGAGCCGAAGAAGAGGAGGGGACGCGGGAAGGGGAAGGCGAAGAAGAAGGAAGAGAGUGAGGAGGAGGAAGAGGAGGAGGAAGAGCACGAGCACGAGCACGAGCAGGAGGAGAUGGAUGAGGAGUAUGAUUGAGCCAGCUGCAGAGAGUGCCCUGUGCGGAGAAUCCCCCCUCUCCCCCCUAGCGUUCGGGAUGAGGGAGACGACUGGAGUACGGACAACAGCGGCUAGUGCAUGCCAGGGUGACGACUACGUGUGAACAAGCACAUGACGGCUUGUAUUACUAGCUUGUACUGUGAUACCCUACACAGCUGCUAAUGAAGCAGAUACCCC